ACUAAUCGUUGAAAAUUUGACAUUCUCAUUGUACAUUAAUCUAACACGUCAGCUACCAAGUGAGAGAAUUUCGACAAAAUUUUGUAAAAAAUUGUCUUAAUUAUUGUUGCAGCUCUAUUAAAGUGUACUAAAUCGUUUAAACAAUAUUUACAAAAUGGUUUUGAUAGCUGCGGCGGUGUGUACAAAAAAUGGCAAAGUGAUUAUAUCACGACAGUUUGUCGAGAUGACUAAAACGCGAAUUGAGGGCUUGCUUGCUGCUUUUCCAAAGCUUAUGACAUCAGGAAAGCAACAUACAUACGUGGAAACAGAGUCAGUGCGUUAUGUGUAUCAGCCAAUGGAAAAGCUUUAUAUGUUGUUGAUCACAACAAAAGCAAGUAAUAUUUUGGAAGAUCUGGAGACACUGCGCUUAUUCUCCAAAGUGAUUCCUGAAUAUUGCCACAGUUUGGAUGAAAAGGAAAUUCUUGAGAACGCAUUCAAUUUGAUAUUUGCUUUUGAUGAAAUUGUCGCACUUGGUUACCGCGAGAGCGUUAAUUUGAAGCAGAUCAAAACAUUUAUUGAAAUGGACUCACACGAGGAGAAGGUAUAUCAAGCAGUUCGGCAAACGCAAGAACGUGAGGCGCAUCAAAAAAUGCGUGAAAAAGCUAAAGAGUUGCAGCGUCAACGCUUGGAGGCGGCAAAACGUGGUGUUAGUUCUUCGCUGAUCGGACGAGGUGGUCAUGGAAGUAGCAGCAGUGGCAUGGAUGCUUUUGGCAUCAGUUCCAAUUCGAUAAGCAGUGCACCAUCAAUUGAGUCCGAUUUGAAACCAGCCGUAACCAAGGCACAGAAACCAGUUGCACGUAACGCUUUAAAAUUGGGUGGUAAAACGAAAGAUGUGGACAGUUUCGUUGAUCAGCUAAAGAGCGAAGGUGAAAAGAUUUCCGCUUUGACACCUGUAAAUAGCCAAAGCAGCGCAGCUGUUGCCAAGACCAAAAUUGCUUCGGAUGUGCACACUGAAAGCGUACACCUCAAGAUGGAAGAUAAGCUUACUGUGCGUCUUGGUCGUGAUGGUGGCUUGCAACAGUUCGAACUAUCAGGUUUACUUACACUGCGUAUUUCUGAUGAAAAUUUCGGACGUAUUAAGGUGCAAUUACGUAAUAAUGACACACAUGGUAUACAGUUACAAACACAUCCCAAUGUGGAUAAGGAGCUGUUUAAGACGCGCUCAUUAAUCGGGCUGAAAAACCCAGCUAAACCAUUCCCAUUAAACACAGAUGUUGGUGUAUUGAAAUGGCGUUUUAUUACACAGGAUGAAGCUGCCAUACCGUUGACAAUUAAUUGCUGGCCAUCUGAAAACGGCGAAGGUGGUUGUGAUGUAAACAUCGAGUACGAAUUGGAAGCGCAACAUUUAGAAUUGCAAGAUGUAACCAUCUCCAUACCAUUGCCCAUGAAUGUGCAGCCGUCCGUCGCUGAAUAUGAUGGCACAUACAAUUAUGAUGCACGAAAGCAUGUACUCCAGUGGAAUAUACCCAUUAUCGACAGAAACAAUACAUCUGGCUCGAUGGAGUUCAGCUGCAAUUCAUCUAUUUCAGGCGAUUUCUUUCCACUACAGGUUAACUUCGUAUCGAAAACGCCAUAUGCUGCUCUAAACGCCACGGACGUGCUUCUUGUUGAUGACGACAGCGCAGUAAAAUAUUCUACCGAAACGAUGCUUUUUGUUGAGAAAUAUGAAAUUGUUUAAGAGUUAGCCGUAUAUAUUAUAUCACUUACACUUUCCACAUCAAGAAUUGUAAACUGCGUGUAACGGUAGUUACUAAUGAUCAUACAACAUGAAUUCUUACCAUUUUACUUAUAUAUACUGUUUGUUUUCACUGGCUCAAACAUAUACAGGUUCGUUGCGUUGUUGCGUUUAAGAAUAAAUAAGCUGGCUAUCUUUGCCAUCGAAAAAUGUAAACAUUAAAAUGGUAUAAUCUCGGUAUUUCUUGUUAAUAGUCUGUAAACUAACAGUAUAUUGUAAUUCCAAACUUAUAUUACUACAUAAUUUUAUAUAUAUAUCUGAUUUAUAACUUAAAAAAAUGAUUUUUUGUUGGCCAAACAUAUAUAAAUAUAAUAUACAUAUGUAAGCAUUGAUUGCAAUGGUUUAUAAUACAGAUAUAAUCAUAAAUAAAUAUUUAGGUUAUGAAAU